GCUUAGGCCAGCAGCUCCACGCAGCAUUUCGGUGGAUGCCGUGUCCAGCUGUUUACAGGGAGCGUGAGGAGCAGUUAAUUUCGGAAGCCGGGCUCAGGGCCUCAACACCGGCACCAUGGUUUUAGCCGACUUGGGCCGCAAGAUCACCAACGCGUUGCGGUCGCUCAGCAAUGCGACCAUCAUCAACAAAGAGGUUCUAGAUUCCAUGCUAAAGGAGAUAUGCACGGCACUUCUAGAAGCUGACAUCAACAUCAAGCUUGUGAAGCAGCUCAGAGAAAAUGUCAGAUCGGUCAUCGACAUCGACGAGAUGGCAGCCGGGCUGAACAAGCGGCGGAUGAUCCAGUCCGCCGUGUUCAAGGAGUUGAUCAGGUUGGUGGACCCCGGUGUCAAGGCAUGGCAGCCAACGAAAGGCAAGAACAACGUCAUCAUGUUCGUCGGCCUUCAAGGCAGCGGCAAGACCACAACAUGCACAAAGCUGGCAUACCACUACCUCAAGAAAGGCUGGAAGACGUGCCUAGUGUGUGCCGACACAUUCCGAGCCGGUGCCUUCGACCAGUUGAAGCAGAACGCGACCAAGGCGAGGAUACCCUUCUACGGAAGUUACACAGAGGUCGAUCCGGUGGUGAUAGCACAGGAGGGCGUCGAGAAGUUCAAGAACGAGGGCUUUGAGAUCAUCGUCGUCGACACCAGCGGCAGGCACAAGCAGGAGGACUCGCUGUUUGAGGAGAUGUUGCAAGUGUCCAAUGUCACCAAACCAGACAACAUAAUCUUUGUGAUGGAUGCAUCGAUUGGUCAAGCCUGUGAAGCUCAGGCCCGUGCCUUCAAAGAGAAAGUGGACGUCGGUGCUGUCAUCGUCACGAAGCUCGACGGCCAUGCGAAAGGAGGUGGAGCCCUCAGCGCGGUGGCAGCCACACAUAGUCCAAUCAUCUUCAUAGGUACCGGGGAACACAUAGACGACUUCGAACCCUUCAAGGUCAAGCCAUUCAUCAGCAAACUUUUAGGUAUGGGCGACAUCGAGGGCCUCAUCGACAAGGUCAACGAGUUGAAGCUUGACGACAACGAGGAGCUCAUCGAGAAGCUCAAGCACGGCGAGUUCACGUUGCGCGACAUGUACGAGCAGUUCCAGAACAUCAUGAAGAUGGGACCCUUCAGCCAGAUCAUGGGUAUGAUUCCAGGCUUCAGCAGUGACUUCAUGACGAAAGGCAACGAGCAGGAGUCUAUGGGAAGGCUAAAAAAGCUCAUGACUAUCAUGGACAGCAUGAACGACCAAGAGCUGGACCACAGAGAAGGGGCCAAGCUGUUCUCGCGGCAGACGGGACGGGUCACAAGGGUCGCCCGUGGCGCAGGGGUCACCUCUCGUGAGGUGCAGGAGCUCCUGGCGCAGUACACCAAGUUUGCCGCCAUGGUCAAGAAGAUGGGCGGCAUCAAGGGCCUCUUCAAGGGUGGCGACAUGGCGAAGAACGUGAAUCAGGCACAAAUGAACAAGCUCAACCAGCAGAUGGCCAAGAUGAUGGAUCCUCGUGUCUUGCACCAAAUGGGUGGUUUCUCGGGCCUGCAGAACAUGAUGCGGCAACUACAGGGUGCCGCCAGCGGAAACGUCAACAACCUCAUGAACAUGGGAAAGUGAACUGCCUUGCCUCGUACUGGUGUACGACAGCGACCCUUUUAUAUAAAGCGACGUAGCGUGUGCGCCAGAUCAACAUCGCGAAGGAACAGAGGACAGCGCAGCCGUGCCCGCGUCAUUCAUUGGUCGCUUGCAAAGAAUUUCUGCCGUCGCCCACUCACCCCUCUGCUUCCCUCUGCUUUCUUCUCUCUCUCUCCAAAUCGUGUCACCUCGCAAAAAAAGUGUAUUGCUACAGGUGCAUAUAUCUGAACUCUGCAAAAAAAACUUUACACGCAUAGUCAAGCCUGUUCACAGUUCUUCAUGAACAUUAUUUCUGCAGUGUCACACUGUUUCGGCACGUUUCGGCACCUCUUAGUUGGCUGCCGCGACUGUGAAAUGCGUUUGCACUCCCGUGCUUUCCUUUCGGCCACAUGGUGUCAGGGUCGCCGGGGCAGACGUUUCAAUCAGUGCACAGGUGCACACAUUUACUUUCUCUUUCUCGUCUGGUGUCGGUGCUCUUUGCAACUCACAAGGGACGCACGAACAGGUCUUUCAGUUUCGCUGAAUGCAUGUGCAAUUAAGCCUUAUGACGCUGUACAACAAAGUGGCGGUUGCGUCCGCAACCGUUGCAGUGACAGCGACACUGCAGACUCGGUCUCACUACUAGCACACUGUGAAGCUGAUGUGUUGGUUCUCAUAUGGGCCGGCCACGUUGUACGUCGCAAGCUUAGGGUACCUCUUUCCUAAGCGUGGACGACUGAGUGAUCUUGUGAAGAGAUGUUGAUGACAUCAUUGUUAUGUUUUUUCGUACAGUUUUUUUUUCAGAAGUAGUUAGUGUCAUCAUUUUGCUCAUUGCAAGCUGUUUUUGUUGCCCAAUUUACGUUAAGUGCUCACAACACCCGUCCUGAAACACAAUACUGUUAUGCAUUAUGUUUGUGGGCUAGUGUGACAUUUUUUUUUUGUCCACAUAAAUGAUUUGAUUUUCAAUAAUCUUUUACCUCGUGUAGUUGUCACUGUAUGGCUGGGGAAUCGGGAAAGAUUUUUUGUACAGGAAUCGUGUUUGUGGACACGUGCUUGUAGAAUGUACGGCAAAUAGCAAUCUUUUUCUUGCUUUUUUCUUUUUUCCCUAAAUGUACAGAAUACAUUUCGACGUGACGACAAUGCAUUUCUUGAUUAAAAAAACAUAAAGGCCUCUGACUGAAG